AUGGCUAAUUUGGCAGAUACUGAAAUCGAACCUACGAAUGAGUCGAGCUUAACGUCAGAAGAUGAUGAAACACUUGAUCCUCGAGUGCAGAUUGAAUUAGAACGUUUAAAUCACGCCAAUGAAGCAAUCAAUCAUUUAGAGCUACAACUUGAUGACGCUCGACAAACUCUCAAAGAGUUUUGCGAUGCAGGAGAAGAAGAGCUAUCUCAAUUAGAGAAAAAUAUCGGAUCAGCGGUGAGCAAAGCACGAAGUUACUACGAUGCGCGAAUUAAACUUCGAGAUGCACGCGAUGCACUGACCAAAGCGAAACAUCGUUUCGAACGUGCACAAGCUCUCCAUGUUGCAGCAAAAGAAUUAGCAGUUGUUUCAGCUGAUUAUAUUGACGAAGCGGAAAAGUCUAAUCAGAAUGCUACAACGUGGAACGAAACCUAUGGCCAAGCAAUUGCUAAAGCUGCCGAUGCCGAACGAGAAAAAUACCAAGCGGAUUUAGAUCAACAACACGCCGAUCAAGCGUAUGCAGAAAUUGAGAAACUAGUAGAAAAAUUGCAGAAAGAUCAUCGACGUGCGAUUAAUAAAUCACAACUUUAUUACGAGAAAAAAGCGGAGUACCACAAAGAAUUAGACUUUCAGAAACGUAAAGUUUUCGGCCUGGAAAACUGUGUGAACGAAGCGAAAGCUCAAUAUCAAGAAUCGUUGCGUAAUCUGGAAAAGAUCAGUAAUGAAAUUCAUGCACAACGAAGUCAGGGUAAACUACGGCGAGAGUUAGGUGAACGAACAGCAGGUGUCGGUGAAGAGCAGCUUACAUAUACUGAAUUCGAACGAUUACCGCCAUCCCCAGUGAAACGAACUCCUUCACCACCACCAUCGCCGAAAAUACCUACUUUAAGACGAUUAAAUCGUCCGGAACAACUACUUCGCUCGUGUUUACUUCGAACUGAAGCUUUACCUGCUGGUAUAUUCGCUAACACAAGCGGACGCUCGUCACCCGAAGGUGAUGAAACAACGCCAACAAACUUCAAUAGUCAAUUCCUUCUCAAUGCAAAGCCCCAACAACCACCGCCCCCAGUACUUGUCGUGAAAUCAGAUAAACACCCAAACGAAACGACUUCUAAUACUCACCAAAGAAAAUCCAGUGACGGUUAUUCAUCGCAAAUGACUGAUGAUGAAGAUGAUAAGACAAGUUCACUUCAUGUGCUUACCGAUGAACAACUGGAACAUUUAGCAUGCGUCUAUCAUCCUCUACCUCAUGUUCCAGCAUCAUCAUCAUCGUCAUCUCAAACAGACACAAUCGACGAACUUCUCUUACAGUUUGAAAAUUCCAAGUCACAAGCUAAAACAUUUUUUCGUAAUUUGUUUAAGAAUAAUACUGACAAGUGA